AUGUCGCGCCAUAAUGCCACCGGAAUUGUUUUUGCGAUACCGCCGCCACCUGGCGUAAAGGUGGACCCCGAUGCACCGCUCCAGGCGGACGACUUGAUCGCCGUGUUUGCUAUAUUUUUCACACUGGCUGCAAUAUCAUGCGGUGUUAGAAUUUACACGCGGGCCUAUUUGACCGGAAGGUUAGCAAUGGACGAUUAUGUCAUGUUUGCUGCACUGCUUUCGACCGCCAUAUUAACGGGAGCCAUGCUCGACAUGUUGCGCUGGGGCAUGACAAAAGAUAUGUGGAACGUUCCUUUAACGCCAGAUAUAUGGCCCAACUUCAUGGUCGACAGGCUGAUAUCCUCUGUCGCGUACUGUUUCGCCACCGGCUUAGCCAAAGGUUCUAUCCUGCUCUUUUAUCUGCGCAUCUUCCCGACAUCGGUAAUGAGGUGGACCAUAUGGAUUUUGUUCAUCUUCACAGUCGGCUACUCGGUCGCCUCGGCCUUGAUCAACAUCUUUUCCUGCGCCCCGGUGGAGGCCAGCUGGCGACUCGAAUAUGCAGAGACUGGGAGAUGCAUCGAUCGACCGGUGUUUUAUCUGGUCCAUGGGUCCCUGUGCAUCGUGACCGACAUCACAACGGUGGUGACGCCAUUGCCGUGGCUGAAGUCGCUCCGUCUUCCGCUGAAGGAGAAGAUCGGCGUGGGGCUUGUGCUCACGAUCGGGGCGUUUGUGUGCUGCGUUAGCAUCAUCAGGAUGAGGAUGCUGGUCCUGAUGCUGAAAGACCCCAACGUUAGCUAUACUAUCAAAGGCCCUGCAUUCUGGGCCAUUAUUGAGACCAGCCUCUCCAUCAUCGGCGGCAAUGCCACUACGUUGAGGCCCUUUGGCCGGCACGUCUCAGCACGCCUGUCUGGCGUGUUUCGCUUUUUCCGACGCGGCGAUGCAUUCAAACUUCCCUGGUCGAGGGGCAAAAAGGGGCCGACGUCGACGACAAGCGAGUCCAAGUCCAGGGCGCACGAUGUCGGUUACGAGGAGUUGGGUGCCCAGGCCUUCGCCGGCGCCGUCCUCGAUAAACGCGAUCAGGAGCUUCUGCAGAGUAGCUGUAUAAGCCGGGCAGCUAGUUCGGGGUUGCGUUCGCAGGGCGAUAAAAGCGGAAUCGUCAGCUUUGCGGACCGGCCGGGAACUUCGGAGCCGGGUGGCAUCAAGAAGAUUGUCGAGUUUGGAUUUGAGGAAAGUCCCAAUACGGCAAGCCGGCAGUCUUGA